CUGGUGAUCAAAUUAUCAAAAAUCUGACUGAUAAAUGUGGAAUACGUAAACAAGACAAUAAGAUAAUGGAAAAAAUUCUUGGCGGCAAACCAGUUGAACCACAUUCAUGGCCAUGGGCUGUUCGUUUAUCUGUCAAACUACCACGUCGUAGAUCAGUAACAUUUUGUGGUGGAACAUUAAUUGCCCCACAAUGGAUAUUAACUGCAGCUCAUUGUGUUCUAGUGGAAAAUAAACAAAUACCAGUCGGAAAACCAGUGAUAUUAGCUGAUCAUAUGAAAAGUACAAUCUAUGCACAUUUAGGUGAUCAUGAUCGGUAUGAAAAAGAAACUGCACAAAUCGAUUUACGUGUUACUGUGGCUAUUAUACAUUCAAAUUAUCAUAGAAAAUUACAAACUGAUGGUUAUGAUAUUGCUCUGUUACGUUUAGCUGAACCAGUGAAAACAGGUAAUUACGAUUUAUCGUUUUAA